AUGGCAGGCCCUGCGACCCUCAUAACCAGCCUCCUGCUUCUGGCCCUCUGCACCUACCACAUUAGCCCUGCAGGAUCCGUGGUCAUUCCCUCUUCCUGUUGCAUGACCUUUGUUUCCAAGCAAGUUCCCGAGGGCAUUGUGGCAACCUACACGCUGUCCAGUGGAAGUGUCUGCCCCAAGGCAGGGGUGAUUUUCACCACCAAGAAGGGCAAGAAAUUCUGUGGUGACCCCAAGCAGAAGUGGGUCCAGAGGUAUAUGAAGAACAUAGAUGCCAAGCGGAAGGCCGCCCCUGGAGCCAAGGCCCUAAGGAGAAAGGCCGCUGUCCAAAGACACCCUGCCAACAACAUCACCAUCUAA